GUUCAUGAGUAGGAGAGGUUGGGGAAGGUGGGGGAAUGGAAAGGGAAGGAGAUCCUAGAGGAGGAGUAGGAGGAGGAAGAUGAGAAACCGAUGAAGAAGGAGGAGAAACACUUGGAGACUUACCUCUUUGAGGGCCGUCCACUCGAGGUCCUCCAGAGAGUCCAGGCCAGACUGAGUAGGGAACGAGAUGCCGUGUGUCACAGGGGGGCGCCUUCCUGUGGCGAAUGAUCUUCCUGAGGAUAUCUCUAAUUUUCAAUAUCCUCCGACGGAUGCCAUUGAUCUUGUUGCCUCCUGCAGUUUCUGACUCGUCUAGUUCUGCAAUGAGCUUUUCUAAGCUGUCGUAUUCGUCUUCUAAUUGCUCCAUGUAUCCGUCCAAGUCUUCCUCAGCCAUGGGAGAGACGGGAGGGGUUGAGGAAAUAGGAGGGGUUGAGGAAAGUGGAAGGGUUGAGGAAAGUGGAGUGGUUGAGGAAAGAGGAAGGGUUGAGGAAAGAGGAAGGGAUGAGGAAAGAGGAAGGGAUGAGGAAAGAGGAAGGGUUGAGGAAAGUGGAAGGGAUGAGGAAAGAGGAAGGGAUGAGGAAAGAGGAAGGGUUGAGGAAAGAGGAAGGGUUGAGGAAAGAGGAAGGGUUGAGGAAAGUGGAAGGGAUGAGGAAAGAGGAAGGGUUGAGGAAAGUGGAAGGGAUGAGGAAAGAGGAAGGGUUGAGGAAAGAGGAAGGGUUGAGGAAAGAGGAAGGGUUGAGGAAAGUGGAAGGGAUGAGGAAAGAGGAAGGGUUGAGGAAAGUGGAAGGGUUGAGGAAAGAGGAAGGGUUGAGGAAAGAGGAAGGGUUGAGGAAAGUGGAAGGGUUGAGGAAAGUGGAAGGGAUGAGGAAAGAGGAAGGGUUGAGGAAAGAGGAAGGGAUGAGGAAAGAGGAUGGGUUGAGGAAAGAGGAAGGGAUGAGGAAAGAGGAAGGGAUGAGGAAAGAGGAAGGGUUGAGGAAAGUGGAAGGGUUGAGGAAAGAGGAAGGGAUGAGGAAAGAGGAAGGGUUGAGGAAAGAGGAAGGGAUGAGGAAAGAGGAAGGGUUGAGGAAAGAGGAAGGGUUGAGGAAAGUGGAAGGGUUGAGGAAAGAGGAAGGGAUGAGGAAAGAGGAAGGGUUGAGGAAAGAGGAAGGGUUGAGGAAAGAGGAGGGUUUGAAAGGGAGGGAGAUUCAGGAGGAGGAGGAAGAAUAAAAGCCGAGGAAGAAGGAGUAGGAACACUUGGAGACUUACCUUUCAGAGUUCCAUCCACUCGACGUUCAGGGAGAUAACGUUGUCUGUCGAAGGGCGCCUCCCUUCGGCGCCAUUCUUUCCUGACCAUUCGUGUGAUGCCUCCGACCUUUCGCCCGACGGCGUUGAGCAUGGCACUUGGAGGCUGCGACUCGUCCAGCUCCUCAGAAGUCAGAGUCAGAGUAUCCCUCUUUGCAACAUGAUCAUUGUCUUCGUCCUUUGAGGUGGCUCGUUCUUCCGCUGGUUUCCUGCCAGCUUGUUCUGAUUCAGACAGUAAAGCCAGGUGGGACUGGAGUUUUGCUAGAACGUCCUGUCUAGUCAGCUUUUCCGCCACCUGGCCGCCAACCUCUUCUAGUUCAGGGUUUUCUAAGUAAGAAGAUAAUACAAGCUCUACUGCCGGGAGUAGAGCUGUCCAGAUAAAUUCAUUUAAAACAUUGUUAUUAUUAGUACACAUUGUCAUGAUAACUAGGCCUCUGAUAUGUGCUUGGCGAUGGCCUAGUUUUAAAAACAGACGCGGACUACGUGACAUCUUUUCCGAGAAUCCCGGAGCCUCUUCGGGUGAGGCUAAAAGAAUCCAACAUUCCGAUCUUUCAUCCGAAGGAAUGAAACGAUGCUGAAGACGUCUUCGUGCCGUCGAGAGACCGGAAGA